AUGCUCAACACCUACACCCAGCUCGCCCCGGACACAGUCAUCCCCGAUGGCACGACCGCUCCUCUGAGCGUUUCCGUGCCGACUGCAUCUACCCAACACGCGCCGCACACGCACUCUGCGAGCAACGCCAUGAUUGACACUGCGCCCGACUCGAGCUACGCGCCGCUGAACCCGCGCCGACCGGUCUAUUCGUCGGGCCGCAAUGUCCCCGCCUCGUUACCCACCGCGCCCAGCCCGCGAUCACAGGACUUCAGCUUCUCGCUCGAGUCUCGUCGCCGCGCGACUGACAUCCUCAUGGAAGGAAAGAAGGAUUACAGCAUGGUUCUCUACGGUGGUAUCGCCCAUGGUUUUGCCACGCGCGGCGAUCCAAGCGUCCCAACGCAGAGAUGGGGAAAAGAGCACGCGGCACUGAGCGCGCUCGCAUGGUUUGAUCACCACGGCAGCAUCGUUGGCUCUACGUGA